GUAAAGCUCAAGAAACAGAAUAACCUGUCAAAAUGGUCGAGUGGACAGACGACGAGCGCGCUGCCAUCAGCACAAUCUUCUCCAAGCUCGACUAUGACUCCGUCGGGCCAGAGGCUCUGUCCAGGUGUCUAAUCGUGUAUCCCUGGACUCAGCGUUAUUUCGGGGGGUUUGGUAACCUUUACAAUGCGGAGGCCAUCAUGUGUAACCCGAUGAUUGCUGCUCACGGUAUCACGGUGCUGCGCGGUCUGGACCGCGCGUUGAAGAACAUGGAUGACAUCAAGAACACUUAUGCCCCCUUAAGUGAGCUGCACUCUGAGAAACUGCACGUUGACCCAGACAACUUCAGGCUGUUGGCUGAUUGCCUGGUUGUUGUUAUCGCUGGGCGGAUGGGCUACGAAUUUUCCCCCGACAUGCAGGCUGCCUUUGCCAAAUUUCUGUCUGUGGUGGUGUCUGCCCUAGGCAGGCAGUACCAUUAAAUACCUCUCCUCGCCCAGCACCGGUGGGUAGAUCUCUAUCUAUCUAGACCCCGAUGCUGACGAAAAGGCAUUUUAAAAUAAACGACGUUUAAAACAAA